AUGUGUAAUGUUUUAUUUGUUUUCAUUGUAACUUAUGCAUCUAUUAUCAAUCAAUUAAAUGUAGUCUAUAAAGGAUAUACCUCAGAGAAAUCAGUCUAUGUUGGAAUGCAAGCGGUGUUGGUUCUUGCGAUUGUAUUGAUUAAGGGGAGGUGGGUUGCUCUUGUUAAGCUGAGUCAUGGAAUCAACGCUGGUGCACGAGGUUACAUGUACAUUUCUCUGAGCAAGAUGAUCCUGAAUGUCAAGUACUCUGCUUGUGCUAACCUAAUAAGUCAAACUAAAGAUGAGACCGAUGAUGAAGCCACAACUGAACUGUCAUACCUUCUUAGGAACUUUACGGGGGUGAACUACGGUGAUAGUCGGAAAUCAGAUGUAUAACUUGGUUGUUUCUCUUCUCUUAAGAGUCGGUUGCACUAAUGCUAGCAAAGUUGAGGGCUUCUUCGUCAUUUGAUAACUUAACUAAGCGAAAGUUCCUUGCAACACAAAGCUGCAGGUCUUAUAGUGAUAAUUUGUCGGUAUUUUCCUUAGCUAAAACAUUAUGUUAAAU